CUCCUAUUUCCCUACACACAUGCAUAAACCUUGCGACACCAGAUCCGGCCGGAGAUCGCACAUCGCGCGAUGGAUCACACGUUGAUCGCCGGACAAGGGCGCGAGGAUCGCCUGAGCCGGCUCGGGGACGGCGUGCUCGGCCACAUCCUCUCCUUCCUCGACACCAAGGAGGCCGCGCGCGCCACCACGCUCUCGUCGCGGUGGCGGGACAUCCUCGCCAGCGUCCACACCGUCUCCAUGGAAGAGCCGGAAGGUCCCAUCCCCGAGUACGACCACCGCUCACGCAGUUACGAACUCCGGGAGCCCGACCCGACGCUGCCCUUUACCGUCGUCGUCACCGCGGCACUCUUCGCCCGCAGCCGCCGCCCGGCCCCCGGCGCCGCAUCCCCGCCGCUGCGCGCCCUCCGCGUCUCCAUGGAGAGCUACGGCGGCGUCGACGCCUUUCCUGUGGACCAGUGGGUCACCUACGCCGUGAAGCACUCCGCCCCCGAGCUCGAGGUCGAUCUGCGCGUCCGCCGCGUUCCCAUCUGCCACCGCCCCUACGCCUACCACCCCGCGGCUCCGGCUGCAGGCUCGGACGGGGACACUGCCGUUUACGGCGGGAAGGCUGACGUUACCCCCGAGGAGGUCGACUACAGCGACGACGAACUCGACGACACCGCCGACGCCGCCUCGACCGACGACAGCAGCGACGAGACGGAUUCGUAUUGGCGUCGGCCGCCUGCAGUGUACACCGUCCACAGCCGGCUCUUCUCAUGCGCGACGCUACGAUCGCUGCGCCUCGGCUCCUGCAAUCUCUCCCCACCGGCCGUCAUCAGCCUACCGUCGCUCGAGGCGCUCCACCUCACCCACGUCCCCGACGAGGAGGAGCAUGUCCAGAGGCUCAUCUCCGCAUCCCCGCACCUCGCCGACCUAACCCUCGAGGCCUGCGCCACGGUGAAAGUGCUGUCGCUCCUCGACAACAGCUGCCUCCGCCGACUUAUCAUCCUGUGCUGCCACAACCUUGCCACCGUCACCGUUGACGCGCAGGAGCUGCACGCCUUCGAGUACCGUGGUGCCGUCCGAGGCAGCUCGUUCCUCUCGAUUCGCGGCAACGGCGGCGGACUACCAUCCAUCAAGUCGUGCAAGAUCGACGUAUGCGCGGUCUGCGUCGAGAAGGAGGCCACGUCCGAAGAGGAGCUCGCCGCGCUCGGUUCGUUCCUGCUGCCGUUCGCGUCCACCACGAAACGCCUGCAACUCCGCGCCGCUCGCAUGGGCUCCUGCUUCGUGGCCCUGCCGGCGUUCCCGGCCGUCCGGCACCUCCAGUUGAACGGGCGUGUGCUGCGCGACGACGACCCUGCCGCUGCCAUCGCCACGACGUGCACAAUUCUCCGGCGAGCCCCUGACCUUGAGCUCCUGACCCUAUUCUUUGAACCAGCACCUCUUAAGUCCGGCUAUAACAAAUACCUUCACCGAAAACGUAAGGUGUCGAAGUUCGUCGAUGCGCACCAUCUGCACUACAACAAGUAUGACACUGUCGAUUACGAGACGGCGGCGAUCCCGUCGUGCCUGGGGACCCGGGUGAGGCAUAUCCGCCUGUGGCACUACCAAGGCGGUAGAGCGCAGAGGACGCUGGCCAGGUUCUUGCUCUGCAACGCUCGGGUUCUUGAGGAGCUGUACUGCGAAUUUGCAGAGGGACCGCUGUCGAUCCAGACGAAAUUGAUGCGCGAGAUGGAAGGAUGGGUGUUGAACGAGGGGGCCAGCAAGGAGUUCCUUUGAUGCGUGCUGCUGCUUGUGAAUUGCAAUCUAGCUUUUGGAAUCGUGGUGAUUUAAUGAGUGAUUUUCUUCUGACUCUUUUGGA